UUCUUCCUCUCUGUUGAGGCGGGCGUACUCUGAAGGGGGAGCCCACUCCUUCGACACCACGAAACCCACCCACUCCCCCGGCCGCUUCACGCCCCAGCUUUCCCCGUCGCUCUCAAUUUCAUUUUCUUCCUUUUCCAUUUUCCUUUUCGUAAUAAUAUAUACCAAAUUCCAAAAGGAAAAGUUUGAUCAGUCUUCUCCUCUGAAGCAGCGAAGCUUCUUGUAACCAGGCGAGCCCUGCCCGGUUUCCCAUUGUGGUCUAGCUUUCCGAGCAGCUGAGAAUUCCCGCAGGUUCGUCUCUCACAGACCCUUCUUAAUCUGCUCAACCCCCGGCUUGGAUAAGCGAAGCAAAAGCUCUGAAUCUCUGGGGCAUAUCGAUUAGCCCUUUACCAUGGCUGAAGAUACAACCAGCCCAAGUUACUGGUUGAAUGUCACCUUCCUUCUCUGUGCCAUUAUAAUCUUGCUUCCCAUUUUCUUGGCCGGGUUCCUCGUAUGGAAGUACGAGGGGUUUAACGUAUUGAGGGGAGAGAAUCGGCAGUCGAAUGCCGGGUUCUUGCACAAGGAUGAACCUUGGAGGACAUGCCUCAAGGGAAUUCGCCCCGCUUGGUUGCUGGGUUAUAGAGUUUUCGCUUUUGCCGUGCUCUUCUCGCUGAUCACUACUAAUAUCGUCCUCAAUGGUGGCGGUAUAUUCUUCUUUUAUACUCAGUGGACUUUUGCUUUGGUCACUGUCUAUUUUGCGCUUGGAUCUACAUUCUCCAUCUGUGGAUGCUUCCUCUACCGUGGGCAAACCAGUGGAGAUAGAGCUAAUAACCAAAAUUUAAAUUCAGAACAUGGCACUUAUGCUCCACUGUCUCUCAAGGAAAAAGUGGAUGUGCAUGAUGUACAUGAAGCUUCAAAUAAUGAGGAGAAAUCUGCAGAUUCUGAAAGCGCAGGUUUUUGGAGUUAUAUCUUUCAGAUUGUAUACCAGACUGCUGGAGGUGCUGUGAUCCUCACAGAUAGUGUCUUCUGGCUCGUUCUUUAUCCAUUUGUUGUAUCCAGUGAUUACAGAUUGAAUUUUAUGGAUGUUUGUUUGCAUUCACUGAAUGCUGUUUUUCUCCUUGGCGAUGCUCUUCUGAAUGACAUGCGGUUUCCCAUUUUCCGAUUCGCAUAUUUUAUCCUGUGGACGUGCAUAUAUGUCGUCUUCCAGUGGAUCAUCCAUGCAUGCAUUUCAUUGUGGUGGCCUUAUCCGUUUCUUGACUUGAAAACUCCAUAUGCUCCUCUCUGGUACCUAGGGGUCGCUCUAUGGCACGUGCCAUGCUAUGGGAUUUUCACCUUGGUGGUCAGGCUGAAACGGCUUUGGUUAUCCAGAUCAUUCCCAGGAUCAUACCGAAGUUAGGAGUGGAUGAAAAACGCUUUAAUGGCUGCUUACAUAGUUUGACAGAUAGCCAGAUUACCACGGGUAUUGUUUAUGGGAACUGACAAUUUUUUUCGAUCAUGUCGUUAGCAGAAUAACGAAAAUAACGGGUUUCCGGUUUCAAUGAAGCUGUAUUCUCCCAUUGUUACAUAAUCUUGUAUAAACUAUUCCAACAAUUUGAUGGAAUCCUUUGGUUCACUUGAUGAGCCCUUCCUGAGGAAAUCUUGUUCCAUUUA